UCCGCCUGCCCGAGCCCGAGCCCGAGCCCGAGCCGGAGCCGGAGCAGCCGGGGCCUGGCCCGCGCCGCCGCCAUGCAGAGCCCCAUGGCCAGCCUGACGCCGCACGUGCACUGGGCGCAGCGGCACCACGAGCUCUACCUGCGCGUGGAGCUCAGCGACGUGCAGAGCCCCAACAUCGCCAUCACUGACAACGUGCUGCAUUUCAAAGCUGAGGGCCAUGGUGCCAAGGGGGACAACAUUUAUGAAUUUCAGCUGGAGUUUCUGGAACCUGUCGAGCCCAAACCAGCGUAUAAAGUGACGCAGCGGCAGCUGAACAUCACUGUGCGGAAAAAAGAAAGCAACUGGUGGGAGAGACUUACCAAGCAAGAGAAACGCCCACUCUUUCUGGCCCCGGAUUUUGAUCGCUGGCUGGAUGAGUCGGACGCUGAAAUGGAGCUCAGAGAAAAGGAGGAAGAAAGAAUCAACAAAAUGAGAAUAGAAUCCAGAGUCCCGAAAGAUCCUUUCAGACACCUGAAGAGAGGAUACUUGUUCAUGUAUAAUCUUGUCCAGUUUCUGGGCUUCUCCUGGAUUUUUGUGAACAUGACAGUUCGACUGUUUAUCUUGGGAAAAGAUUCCUUCUAUGAUACCUUCCACACCAUUUCUGACAUGAUGUAUUUCUGUCAGACACUUGCACUUAUGGAGAGUGUGAAUUCGUUAAUAGGACUUGUCAGAUCACCACUGAUACCUUCUCUAAUACAGGUAUUUGGAAGGAAUUUUAUUUUGUUCAUCAUCCUUGGCAGCAUGGAAGAAAUGCAAAGCAGAGCAGUGGUGUUCUUCAUAUUCUAUGCCUGGAGUAUGAUAGAAAUAUUCAGGUAUCCCUUCUACAUGCUCUCCUCCAUUGACAUGGAAUGGAAGGUCCUCACCUGGAUCCGAUACACCAUCUGGAUCCCUCUCUAUCCUUUCGGAGCCUUGGGAGAAGCUGUCUCUGUGAUACAGGCCAUCCCCAUCUUCAGUGAAACAGGAAAAUUCAGUUUGAGAUUGCCAAAUCCACUGAACGUCACAAUCAACUUUUCAUUCUUUCUUCAGAUCUACCUUAUAUUAUUAUUUUUAGGACUGUUUAUAAACUUCCGUUACCUUUACAAGCAAAGGAGGCAGAAACUUGGACCAAAAAAGAGAAAGAUGAAGUAAAGUCAGCAAAGCUGUGAUUUUGAUUCUUACCUAAUUUAUCUUAAAGAUGAGAUGAGCCUGUGAUUCUUACAGUUUUACCCAUUAUGCUAUAAAUAAUUUUGUACAGUUCAAUGAUCACGUUAGAUUUCUUAGCAUCUUCGGAAAACAUUCCUCUAUACUGUAUUUAGUUACUCUUCAGUCAUAUAUGCAUGGUAUUUAAUGUUGAACAAUGACCUAAUACUUAAAUUUAUAUCCCAUUGACCACCACGUUACCAAGAAAUCCUGUUAUCUGCAUAUAAUAUGCUUACAAGAAAAGAAAUGGAGCAGCACUGAAUAGAAAAAGACUAGUUAUUUUGAAUUGGAUAUUUGCUCUUUUAAUAUUGCAUGCAGAUAAGGCUUCUGAUGUUGGGAUAUAUCAGACCAUUCAUUCCCAAAAAGGUUUGGGGGAUUUAUUAAUGAUCAGUGGGAACUUUGCUUUUUUUAGCAGCAUUCUCCUGAUUAUAAAUAACCUGGAGGUACAACUGGUUGGCUUGGACAUGACUAACUUGUUCUUGGCUUGCAUGCAAGUUUCUCUACCAGUGCAGCAGGAGUACCUUGUGUUCCUGAACAGCGCCUGUCUGGCUGCCUAUGUCCUAUCCAGUCAUUAGUAGUGGAAGCAGCCUAGUCCUUCUGAUGUCCCUCGGUGGCUUACCAGGUAAAACACUAAGGCAGCAGCUGCUUUGUGCUGUUGUGUGGCUUUUAACUCCCCCCCCCUUCCUGACUGAGAAUUUAGAUACUCGAAUGUUGGAAAACCAGGAAGUUCCCUUUGUUCUCAGUAUCCUGAAAAAGACAUGAGCACUGCAUUAGGAGGCACACAGGUAACACUGAGGUAUUAGCGUAGCAGAGGCAGCUAGUCCUUGCUUUUGUCGGGAACUGCGAGGGGGACGUGAUGGAUCAAAUCGUGCUGACAUGGAAACAAGCAUCGGUUUUCCUGUUCCCUGAAUACAAGAGUGCAGCUAAGGAGCUUGCCAAGUGUACUUGCUUACCCACUCUCAGUAUGGAGUGCUGGGGGUCUGUGUUGAUCCAGGAAGCUGCAGGCUGUUUUGGUGCCACAGACCAGAUAGGGGAGAGUCAAGCAAUGCUUUCAGACACUUCACUGUUUGCAUUAGAGAUAUUUUUUUAAUACCGUCAUAGAGAAAUUGCCCCCACCCUGGCAUCAGCUAUUUUCAGUGGUGGACCCUCUCCCUGCACCUCCACCUUGACCUCCUAGACUUCAGCCCUGUCUUGCUUCUGUGGUUAAAUUUAAAAGCCUGUAGCAGCUUGCAGUAUUAAUGCAGGCUAACAGCCAUAAUCCAGAAGCGUCCCCAAUGUUCUCUACACCCCACUGUUUGCAUGGCUGUUGGCUGUGUGUUAAAAGUGUUGUAGGAAAAAGGUAUCUGUCCUUCUUAUUCCCAGCUCCCAACUGAUCAAACUGUUGGCUGUUUUUUUCACGGUUAAACAGUCCCAGUGCUACUUCCUGUCAGGCUAGGGUAAGGACACACAGAUUCAUUGGAGGGCAUUUUGCAACGAACAGUUUUAUCAAUGAAAGACAUUAGGUCAUGAAGAACUUCUGCUGCUUUUGAAAUGUCUGGUGAAUGAACCUUUGGCUCAUGAUGGCAAAGCCGGGGCACAGACAGCUUCCUCAGGAGAGGCAGGGCAUAAAUUUAUAAACUUACUGCUUCACUACUGCACACACAUUUGCAUACAUAAACCUGCUUGAUAACAGUUGAGGGAUCAUAUAGGUUAGUGUUAGUACUGAAAUCUCGUUAGCACGGCAGGGAUGUUGCCUUCCAUUAUUUUGUUCGAGCUCCUCAACAGGGCAUUUAUUCUUUAUUAUAGAAUGCAUAUUCAUAACAACAUGACAUUUCUCAGUUAAGUUGUAAUAUCUGGUGUAAGUUGUUACAGACCAUAAUCUCCUGAGUUUGCUAGUUCUAAAAGCAACAGAAUAUGUGUUUCUAUCAAUAAAGAUUUACAAGCAAA